GAUCCCCUGGCUGUGCUGCCUGCAGAAAUCGUCCUGCGCAUCCUCGACUUCACUGCGCCCGCCGCACUGGCCGCUCUCACACGAGUGAAUUGGUCUUGGCACUAUUUCAUCGACCAAGACCACCGAGAGGCGAUAUAUGCCACCAAGACGGAACACCCGCCCGCCGCCAGAGAUUUCGCCUUUCUCGAGAAUAGCCAGAGCUUCGCCAAGUACUACGGCGACGUGGCGUCAUGGAAAGAUCUCUGCAAACGCCAGACGCUGCUCGGCCGCCAGUGGCAACGCUCGGCCCCUGUGGUCAGCGAGUCCAUCUUCCAGGUGGGAAUUGAUGCCAUCUGGCGCUUCAAACCAGACUUCCAACGUCGUCUCGUUCUGUCGACGUCGCAAGCCGGAGGCCUUUGCGUGACGGAUAUGGACGACGGGGAAAGGCUUUUUUCCCUCCCGCGGGAAGUCGUCCGGCCGUUUGCCCAUCUCGAGUACCAGGAUGGCACAGCUGUGUUCGAUCGCGAAGGAAAUGCCGUGGAAGUCUGGCGUGUUGAUGACACUCUGGAGGCGCGUGGAACGCUCAAGAUGGUCGCUGUCUUGCCUCAUGAGAAGAUCACGCGCGGAUUUCAGCUCUCUUUCGACACCCUUUGCGUCGUCUCUCUGCAAGGGCAGGGCUUUGUGUACGAGAACAUGCUUCACGGCGAACCUCAACUGAAAACACGAAUGGCGAUUGAUGAGGGCGCCACUGGCCACUUACACCAGUGUGCCGAUGCUGUGGCAUGGUCGCAAGGACCGCAUGGCUACCACUUUUAUGACAAAUCUUCAGGCCAGUGUUUAGGUGUUCUACACCCGAACCAAUGCAGCACCGAGAACUUCUUCCACAUUGCGCAUGCUGAGGCACAGGGGAUGUCAGAUCAAGAACUUCUGGCUACUGCUGCGACUGAGGCCAGUGCCAUCCGUGGCUUUCCGCCACGGAAGGAUCGGACGUUAUCUGUUCACGUGCAAGCUGGCCCACGUACUACGGGAGAACCCCUCUCCAUAGAUGAUGAUGAGUGGGGUGCAGGUAUGUUUGAUGGCGACCUCUUUGUUGGCAUAUCUCGUGGCGGCCGCGUCUUCGUCUGCUCGAAUUGGCGCAAAGCACUCCAAGACCGUGCCUCCUUCGAUGCAUCUACUUCCGUCGUGGAAUGUGAUUCCGAUGGCUCUACUUUUGAUUUAGGCGGCUGGCUCUCCGUGAACAAUCACCGAGUCAUGUUCGAGAUUGAGGAGCGCAUCUAUGUCCUGGGACUAGAUGAUGAUGACCGUGUGGUGCCUGCCCCUCAGCCAUCACGACCUUCCUUCCACUUCGCUUCCAGCUUGUCUCCUCAGCUGGCCGUACCCGUUUCAUUCAUGGCACUGUACGAAGACUGCAUCAUGACAACUUUUACGACUCUCGCACUACGCGACAGGACGAUUUUCCCGCUAGCCGAGACGAUACGAGGUUUCCUCCCGACCAAGCUGAUCCGUGUCUUGAGUCUUGCUCCCAGACUUGACGGUGACAAGACGAUGAAUGAGGGAGCGGCACCCCCACCUGCGGAGAGCAAUCCCGAAAGCUACGAGAGCAUGCCUGGACCAGAUUUGUCUCUGUUUGUGCAGAUGCUAGCUGAUGAGGCCGAGGACGAUGAA